AUGGACUGGGACAAUCUGUGCUUCAAUAUAUCAACGUUCGUCGCAGGCAUCUUCGUCCUUGACCAUGGCGCAGACAAGUUCCUCGACCAUACAGUCAUUGUGGGGCGACGACUGGGCAUUUCACCAACGCUCAUUGCUCUCUUGACGGCCGGAGCCGAGUAUGAGGAGCUUGCGGUUAUUAUCGCGGCAAUCCUACAACAUCGCAGUCCACUAGCCCUGGGCAACGUUAUGGGAUCUGCCAUCUCCAAUAUUCUCGGUGCAUUUUCAUUUGGUCUUAUUUUGAAUCCAGAUGGGAUGGAAUUCGACCGCAGCGCCAGGAUAUAUUCUUUCCUUUUGCUGUCUGUGACUACUCUAUUCGUGGUCUUGGCAUAUUUCAACCUGCUCAACCGAGUCACUGGUGGGAUUCUCAUCGCUAUAUUCGCGGUAUAUUUCGUUUCCAUUGGCUAUGCCAUUUACAAGGGAAUCGCAGAGCCACCUCAAAUGUCGGAUAGUGACAGCGAUAGCGAUAUCGACGAUGAAAUACCCAUUGUUGACGAGGAACGGUCAAUACAUCGGGACAACCGGGGUGCGGCCUCGGAAAGUUCGCCACUCCUGGGUAAUGGAGAUCCACGAAAAGAUGCAGAGAACAAAAAGACACCACGAGCACUCUAUUAUCACAUCCUCCAGCUUCUCAUCGGUCUGCUUGAGCUAUCUCUUUCCGGAUAUAUCCUCGCCCACAGCGCAGGUGCUAUAGUAGAUUCUUUCCAGCUAUCGGGCACGGUAUUUGGCCUGACAGUGGUCGCCUUUGCUACAACCCUACCUGAGAAAUUGAUUUCUGUGAUAGGCGGAAUCCGCGGACAAGGGGGCAUUGUCGUUGCAACUACAGCUGGAAGUAACAUCUUCCUCCUUACGCUCUGCAUUGGCGUGGUUGCCGUUACGGGGUUCCAAGCCAAGGGUGCGGAUACAUUUGUCCUCUUUGACUUGGUGACAGUCUGGCUCUCUGCUUUGGGAUUUACGACCGCCGUCUUUAUUGGACCCAGUCGUGCUGCUGGAAUCGUGCUCUUGGUUUCAUAUAUCGCAUUCCUAAUUUUUGAGUUUACAAUUUAUAGACGGUAG